UGUCAAGCACGUAACUUUUUAUAUAGUAUUUAACUAUGAACGCACUGAUAAGAAAUGAAGGCACUGAUGCAUAUUGCUUAACCUUAAAGAUCAAAAUAAUCAAAAUGUCUAGAAGUGAUAAGAUUGAAAAAUUAGAGGAGAAAAAUAUUUUUUGUUUAUUCUAGUUUUUAAAUUCAUUCGAAGAGCAUCAAAAUAUUGAAAAUAAUAGUUUAAUUAAGUUAUUGUAGCCGUGAGUUCUAAUUGUUCUCUUAAAUUGCAUUUCUUUCAUCUGCUGUCAAGAGAGAAGAAUCAAAAAAUAUAAGCAGAAAUGAGCGGUGAAAACUUUAAUUUAAUUAAAAAGCACGUGGAACUUGUUGAUUUUAUAAAAUCAUUAAUUCUACCAAUAGAAUGGGCACCGAUUGUUAAUGUUUCUAUGAAACGAAGAUAUGAAGUUUUCAGUGCCUUUAUGUUCAUCAUGAUGGUCUUAGUUGGAGAAAUUGUUUGUUUUUAUGUUCUUUAUUUAUCAUUGUUUCAUACAGGUAUAAUUGGAAAGCUCUUGUCCAUUGCGUAUUUGACAUUUAUGUUGAGCGAUUUGAAGGCAGACGAAACAGGAAUUCGAGGACAAGGCUCCGAUUGGGUGAGAUCUUGGUCCUGGUGGCGUCAUUUUGCUGAUUAUUUUCCCGCUGAACUUGUAAAAACUGUCGAUUUACCACCGACAAAGAAUUAUUUAUUUGCUUGCUUUCCUCACGGUGUGAUUAGCUGUGGACUGUUUGCAAAUUUCGCAACAAAUGCUACAGGAUUUCAUGAAAAAUUUCCAGGAAUUAGAUCAAAACUAUGUACAUUGUCAUUCCAUUUUUAUGUACCUUUCUUCAGAGAGUUAGUACUUUCUUGGGGUUUAAUGUCACCAAAAUACAAGACUAUUAAGCAUGCAUUGUCACAGUCUACAAACAAAUUGGCAAUAUGCAACGAAGAUGGUUAUACAUCAAAUGGAGUUGCUUUAGUAGUUGGUGGUGCACAAGAAGCGUUAUAUAGUCGUCCUGGAAAUUAUCAAAUACAUAUUAAGAAUCGAAAAGGAUUUGUUAAAAUUGCUAUUGAAACUGGUGCUUCUUUAGUUCCUGUAUUUUCAUUUGGAGAAGUUGAUGUGUAUGAUUCACCUAAUAAUGAGCCAGGCAGUCGAUUACGAAAGUUUCAAGAGAAAUAUAAAGAAUGGACUGGUGUUGCACCUGCAAUUUUCAUCGGUCGAGGCUUCUUUCAAUACUCGUUUGGCUUGAUUCCUCGUAGAAGUCCGAUUCAUACGGUUAUUGGAUCUCCAAUUGCAGUCAAAAAGAAUGAGUCACCAACAUCUGAAGAAAUUAAUUCGAUUCAUACAGAGUUUAUGCAUGAAGUUGAAAAGCUUUUUGAGAAUCAUAAGCAUAAGUACAUCCAAAAUUCGGAUAAUGUUAAAUUAAUUAUGGUAUAAUUAGAUUAUUAAUCAUAGCUUCAUAAUAAUUUUAUGUCAGUUUUUCGAGUAUUAGAAGCUUAAAAUGCAUGAUAAGGAAUAAGUUUAGUUUUAAUUUACUUAAAUAAAUAGUUCGCGAAUUUUCGAAAGGAUCCAACACACUUAAAAUUUAUAUACAGCGUAAUUACAUUCCUCAUACAAAUAAUAUUUCUUAUCAUAUCAACCACAAAUGGAUUUAUUGAAUUAAUCUUAUUAAU